ACGACAGACUUCCUGGUUUCCGCCCUCAGUCUAAAUUCACUAUCGAUUAAUCAAAAGAGGAAUGGUUUUACUAUUGCGACGGAUCAGCACCUUCCCGAUUCGUUUGGCGGUUACCCUCUUCGGACUCCCGUGUACAUCCUGCACCAACGGAGUAAACCCUUCAAUCUCCAGCCCUUCUUCCUGUCUGAUCAGAACUGAUAACAACUUCCGACACAUCAGUACCAGCUGCAGCCUGUACAAGACCAUGCCAUCCUCAGCUGCACCCCAUGUAAGGGCCCGAUCCACGCAGUAUCCCGGAUCCACAGUUGCACGCUUCCCAGUACCUGACGAUAAGGUGGACUGGAGCGUGGAUUGGGGGCAGUACAACCCAGUCAGCUACACUGCCCCUACAGUUUUAAAGAAGCCCGAGUGGGCAGAUCCUGACAUUGGCUCCUUUUCUCCAGAAUUCAAUGCAGUGGAUGGUGCUGUGGACAGAACAAGCUUUGAGGGCAUCUACAGAGUGGAAAAUAAAGUCCCAUUAAAUCCCAGAGGCCGCACAGGAUUGUCUGGCAGGGGUUUGCUGGGGCGCUGGGGGCCUAAUCACGCUGCCGAUCCAAUUGUCACUAGAUGGAAACUAGAUGGAAGCAGGGCAAAGGUAUAUCAUUCAGUCUCCAAGCAACCUAUUCUUCAGUUUGUGUCCAUCAUGAGGAGAGACUGUGGAGAAUGGGCAAUUCCUGGGGGGAUGGUAGAUCCAGGAGAGCAGGUUUCUCUGACUUUGCAGCGAGAGUUCUCAGAGGAAGCCUUGAACUCACUCGCAAUACCUACGUCUGAAAGGGAGAAAAUCCACGAGCGCAUCACCGAGCUAUUCAGCUGUAAUGGGUUUCAGGUCUAUAAAGGCUAUGUUGAUGAUCCUAGAAACACGGACAAUGCUUGGAUGGAGACAGUCGCUGUAAACUUUCACGAUGAACUGGGCGACAGUGUGAGUGAGCUGCCACUGCAAGCUGGUGAUGAUGCAGGACAGGUGAAGUGGGUUGACCUUGACUCGUCUCUAAACCUUUAUGCCAACCAUUCCCAUUUCUUGGAGAUAGUUGCCAAGGAGAGAAAAGCCCACUGGUAACUCAAGAUAAUGGACUGUUGGGACGUCAAAAUGAAAACUGACAGACAGGGAUUCUUGUGAUGAAAAUGUUUAGAUGAGUGCUCUGUGCUAAUAAGUUAUUUGAAUGAAGAGCUAAAUUAUAUCCCAUCAUAUCAGAAAAUGUAUGUUGCACUCAAAAUACACUAUAAUGUAUAUAGAAAAGCAUAAUUAAUAUAAUGCUAUUGUGUCUUGAUUUUGGAAAACUAAGAAAUUAUACUGCCUGCUUCUUAAACCAAGAACUUUCAUAAAAAUCUGGGGCAUAAGGAUGGGAUUCAAAUGUUAACAGACUGCGUUACCUAAAGUUCACAUCAGUAUACCUCAUUAUUCUUAGUGAAGCACCGAUGUUCAUAAAAAAACAAGUGUCUUUAAGGUGUCCAGCUUAUAUAUCACAGACUAUCCCACAUGCAUAGGUGUUUAAUAACAGUCUUUGAUUUACAUUCAUUCAUGCUUCUUACUUUGCCAAAUGCUUUACAAUGGAUGGAAACAUUUUGAUGCAAUUAACCCAUUUAUAGGGGAAAAUCAGUACGGUAAGCAUCUGUCAAGGAGAUAAAGGAAUCUGGGUGCAACUCGAUUUAUGCAACCUCAACCUUUUACAAAAAAGUCAUUAUUAGAUUAAGACCACUUCUAAGAGGCAUCAUGUUUCCAGUCAUCCUUCUUUAUUCAUCUCUCCUGCUGAUAAUAUUGAUGUUCAGCUGUUGCAUCGAGUUUGAACCCCGCAGCACAAAUGAGAUGGUUCGACUGUGUGGCGCAUUCAAGGUACAUUAUACAGCUUAUGCAGCUUGAAGUCCUUUAAAGGUGCACUUUGGUGUGGCGGUAGAGCACAUCAGCCGGCUGCUUUACAGUACCAUUAAAGUACAGCAAGAGAACCAAUGUUUGUUUUGUAUGUGGAGAGUAUUUUCCCAUACAAUUCUCCACAAUUGUGCUUCCAAGUUAUAAUUUUGUUCUGUUUUAAGCAUUUGUCAUGUCAAUUAAUUUAUGUUUACACAAUUACAUUUUAACUGUAUCAAAUACGAAUUCACUGUAUCCUCCUUGAGCUUUUGGUUUUGUUUUGUUUUGUUACCAAUAACUACAAAUAAAAAAAAGUUCGGAUUUAUAAA